AUGGGUCGAUACAACUUUGCGCCUCAGCGCGUACACCAGGCCGCCACGCGCCUCCUCCAGGUCCGCGGUUCCAGAGGCACGACCACCUCUCAACCUCCUCCGCCCUGGUACACGGUCAUCGGCAACCUACCGCCAUCAGAACGUCUCGUGCGUCCGCCAUUGCAACCCGCCCAGCGCAAGGGUAGAAAGGCCAGCAAGCUCUUCCAGCCCGUCAAACUCCAGUAUCCCGAGGAUCAGCUCAGACUCGACUUUUUCGGCGACCACCCAUGGGAACUGGCAAGACCUAGACAGGUUCUCGAGGAUGACGGCAAGGACUACCAGAAGUUCGACUGGAGCCAGCUGGAUCAGCCCACCAAGCAGGUCGACGGAGAGAGGUGUGUAUAUCUGGUCAAGCCGCAUAGCCACGCAUUCGCUGAUCCUCUACAGUCCUACACAAAGGCCGGCGCCUACGACAAGGCCCGCAAAGAAUUCUACGACGUCCGUCAUACACAGGACAUUGAGCGCCGCGUCGCCCGCGAAGAAGCUCUCUGGACUGGCGCCGAGUUCGGUCCUUCACCUCUGGACAUCGGUAUGCAGCUCGAAGACCAAAAGUACGAGGAGUGGCGUGAGUGGGCUGCCAAGGAAAUCACUGCCAUCAAGCAGCUCUCAGGCUCGUCGGGCAAUGCUCGUGACCAGGAUACUCCUUUGGAUUUCGAGGCUGACCAGGAUGUCGUGUCUGCUUUGGACGAGGUGGAACCCAGUGUACCUGGUAGCAAGAGAGGUCAGAACGCUCAAGGCGGUGCUUUUGUCCACGCAUGA